AUGGCGGUCUUGCAACCGCGUCGGCCGAGGUGGGACGAAACACGCUGGAAGUGGAUUCAGAAAGCAGCAUGUGAGCCAGGCCAAAGGUGGUGUUGCAGCUUUCCUUCCUGGCCUUGCCUGCCCGAUUUCCCUGACAGAAAAAAGUUGGGCACGUCCGCGUCAUACGUCCAGCUCAGCAGUUUUACGUCCAGUAUUCAGGUCACGCAGGCCUGGACCUUGGAGAAAUCUUGGAGCCAGGUGGUUGCUGCUGCGGCCUGGUUUAGCUGGAUAUGGCCUGCGGAUGUCGCCUUUGUGGCCCCUGGGACUCCAUCCCUUGAUAGGCGGGGUUUGGAAGGUCGAGAGACCUCCGCAGUGGCUAUGCAGGGAGGCAACCGCAAGCAGAACCGGCGAAACCAUCCCAAAAAGAUGCAUCCAAAAACACAAGAGGAACGCUACAAGAGGUGGGCGGUUCAAAUUCCUGAUUAUGCGAUCCGCCUCUUCUUUGUACCAGAAGCAACGCUCGAACACUGGUCUCACACUCUCAAGCUUACAUUCCCAGAUGGUGAGGACGAUGUCGUCACGGAGGAGGAGGUUUUCGAUUAUUUCACGACAGACGAGUACAAGCCAGAGGCUGUCAUUGUUGGUCAUCAAAUGCCUCACGAAGAAGUGAAGCAUGCUUAUGUCCACUUUAGCAACAAUGCGGACACCAAGAAAGCCAGGAAGGAGAAGGAUGGCGGCGCCAUUGGCAAGGCCUCCGAAGUGAAACUGGUCUACACCGACGAGAAGAAGUGGAUCCGCCUGCGGGACGGUGUGAGCCUGGCGGGCGGGUUCUGGGGCCCACGUUCGCGGUACAUGAAGGCGUACGGCACCGAAAAGUACAAGGGAUGGAGAAUAGACGAGACGCCUCUACCUCCUGGCGCGCGAAGCCACUGGUACUACCCAGAAGAUUGA